GAGCUGGUGCAGAGCUUUCAUUUCUUCAGGUGGAAGGUAGAAGUGCUCUCUGGAAUCCCCCGCACUCAGGUUUCUGUGUGAUAAUGGGAUUCAGAGUGGUGGUUUUCCUGGUGUUUGUGCUCCUCCUCGCAGUUGGAAAACUUUGCUCUGCACAAAACCCGUUUAUCUUUGGCACUAAUGAGACUCUCCACCAAAUCGAACAGAAGCCAGUGGUAAGCACUCAGCUGCAGAACCAGACGGAGCGUUCUCCGGUCACCUACCAGCUCAAGACCUACCAGCUCAGAACCCAAACUGAGACCCAGAAGCUGCAAAAGUCUGAGAAGCUGGCGGCUGUCCGUCCAGACCGAGAGCCAGAGCCACAGGAACCCACCCGAGCUACAGAGGUGUUGGCCCAAAGUCCAGAUCAGAACCUGUCCUUUAAACCUGACAAGAAGGAACCAAAGGUGGUGGGGGAGGUCCAACAGCAGGUUCCUGUGCCAGCUGAGAGUGUGUCGGUGCACUGUGGUGAAGAAAAGGUCACCAUGGCGGUCAAACGGGACUUCCUCGGAAAUGGUCAGCUGAUCCAUCCUAGAGAUCUGACUUUAGGAGGCUGCUUAGCGGUGGAUGCUGUUGACCACAUCCUGCUGUUUCAGACAGAGCUGCAUGGCUGUGGCAGCAACAAGACGAUAACCGAAGAGUUUCUCAUCUACUCGUUUUCUCUGAUCUACUCCCCAACACCCAUUGGAAACACCUCCAUCUUAAAGACCAAUCCAGCUGAGGUGACAGUUCAGUGCCACUUUAAAAGGAGGAACUAUGUGAGCAGCAACGCCAUGAGGCCGACGUGGACAACGUUCGCUAGUGAAAUGCAGACGAAUCAGCAGCUGCAGUUCUCUUUACGACUCAUGUCGGAGGACUGGCUUUCUCGGAUGCCUUACAAUGCCUACUUCCUGAGGGAGAUCAUGAACAUUGAGGCGUCCGUCCUCCGGGGUAACCAUGUUCCUCUGAGGCUCUUUGUGGACAGCUGCGUGGCUACGGCCCAUCCUGACCCUGAAUCUACGCCCAGAUACCCCCUCGUCACCAACCACGGGUGUUUAACUGAUGCUAAGCUGACAGGAGCCAAGUCUUACUUCAUGCCGAGAAGCUGGGAGGAUAAACUUCAUUUACAGCUGGAAGCUUUCAGGUUCCAGACGGUUGACAAGAACUCUGUUUAUAUAACGUGCAGUCUGAAGGCAACGACCCUGGACGUUCCCCUUGACUUGCAGCACAAAACCUGCUCGUUCUUGAUGGAGACCAAAAGAUGGGUGGCAUCAGGUGGAGACAACCAGCUGUGCAGCUGCUGUGAGACCAGCUGUGACGGGCAAAGAGAGAAGCGAAGCCUUGCAGCAGACACUGAUUUGUGGAAGGGGGGUGCAGCUACUCUGGACCCAAUCCUGCCGGAGGACAGGAUUCCUCCUCCUGAACCCGCUGCUCAGCUGCAGACUCAAGAGGAUGAUCAAGAUACUUCCAUUCAUCCCCCCUCCGAGGCCUCGACUUUAUCAACGAUCCUGCUGUGUGGAGCAGGUGCAAUGCUGGCUGUGGCAUUAGCUUUCAUGAGCGCUGUAAUCUGUAGCAGACUCCACAAACCCAGUGGGCAUGCUGUUCGUACCUGAUUUAAGACAAUAAAGCAUUUCUAACAAAG